CAGGCCAGUUCACUAUUGUAGUACAGAGGCUGUCCCACUGAGCUGUCAAUACGCAGAGCACGAAAGCUCCGAUCCGCUGCUUCUCUGCUGCGACAAAAUUUUCGCGUUAAACUUAGUCCGUUUUCUGCUUCAACGACGUCUUCUUCCAGAUAACAGUGGCUUUAGUGUCAUAAUGACUCGGAGGUGAUCUUCAGCGUGUCCAGGUGGCUCUGGGUUCCAGGUUGGUGUGGUGAGAGAGCUAGCUAACUGCGGGGAGGACCGCCUGGGGUACUGUGCACCUGGCUUUCAAGUCACUCAGGAGGGGGCUUGACAUACGGCAGCAUGGACAAGGAAGACUUUAAGGUACUCAACAAGGGAGAAGAGGAGGAGAUGGAGCUGCAUGGCUAUCGCUUGUGUCGUUGGCGACUGGCCCUUGUAGGCCUCGGAGUGUUGUGUACAGGGGGCUUCCUCCUCCUGUUGCUGUAUUGGAUGCCAGAGUGGUGCGUCAAAUCCACUUGCACCCGGACCACAGUGCGGGAUGCAGAAGUGGUGCUGUUACAAUCCACAGAUGAAUUCCGACGCUGGUUCUUGGCCAAGGUACGAGUGAUGCUUGUCCCGGGGAGCAACCCCUUCCACAGCCUGGAGACCCAGACCACCUCCCCCUCCUCUCCUUCCUCUCCCUCUUCUCCCUCUUCUCCCUCUUCUCUAUCCUCUCCCCCCUCUCCCUUCUCUCCCCCUUUGGCCAACGGACACACACCUCAUCCUUCCGAUGGCAGCCCUGCUCAGGAGCUCGUCAAAAGAUAUGCUGACUACCAACCUUCACAGAUCCGUUAUUUUUCCUUACAUAGCACAAAGUAUUAUUGGAACGAUGCAAAGCAGAACUUCGAGGUUUUAAAUGGCCUGGAAGAUCUGCAGCUCAGCUGCUCUAGACUCCACUCUGAACAUAGUGGGGGCUUGUCCCAGAACCAGCAGGAGUACAGGAGACUGUUCUUUGGAAUGAAUGAAAUUGAAGUGAAAGUGCCUUCUGUUUUCAAGCUGCUCAUCAAAGAGGUUCUCAACCCUUUCUACAUCUUUCAACUCUUCAGCGUGAUCCUGUGGAGUGCUGAUGAGUAUUACUACUAUGCUAUGGCCAUUGUGUUGAUGUCUGUCAUAUCCAUAGCUACCUCUCUGUACACCAUCAAAAAGCAAUAUGUCAUGCUCCAUGAUAUGGUGGCAGCUCACAGUAUUGUCCGUGUAUCUGUUUGCCGAGCCAACAAUGAUAUUGAUGAGAUUUUAUCUACUGACCUUGUGCCUGGUGAUGUGAUGGUCAUCCCCAGUAAUGGGACUAUCAUGCCUUGUGAUGCUGUGCUAAUCAGCGGCACCUGCAUUGUCAAUGAAAGCAUGCUCACAGGUGAAAGUGUUCCAGUGACAAAGACCAACCUUCCAAAUCCAUUGCCGGGGGACAGAGGGGGGUCUGACUCUGCCUACAACACAGAGGAGCACAAGAGACACACUCUCUUCUGUGGCACCAACAUCAUCCAGACACGUUUCUACACGGGUGAACUGGUGAAGGCACUGGUGGUUCGUACAGGUUUCAGCACAGCCAAAGGUCAGCUUGUUCGUUCCAUCCUUUACCCAAAACCCACUGACUUCAAGCUGUAUCGAGAUGCCUACCUCUUCCUCUUGUGUCUAGUCGGUGUGGCAGGAAUUGGUUUUAUCUACUCCAUUGUCCUCAGUGUCAUGAAUGAGGUUCCUGCUGGUACCAUAGUUAUUGAGUCUUUGGACAUAAUUACCAUCACUGUGCCACCUGCACUCCCAGCUGCUAUGACAGCGGGUAUUGUGUACGCUCAGAGACGUCUUAAACAGAUUGGAAUAUUCUGCAUUAGUCCACAGAGAAUAAAUAUCUGUGGGCAGAUUAAUCUGGUCUGCUUUGACAAGACAGGAACUCUCACAGAAGAUGGUUUAGAUUUGUGGGGAGUGCAGAGAGUUGAAAAUGGCAGUUUCCACCUCUCAGAGGAAACCGCUUAUAAGGAGAGUCUUGUCAAGUCUCAGUUUGUGGCCUGCAUGGCCACCUGCCAUUCGCUUACCAAAAUAGAGGGCCAGCUGUCAGGGGACCCACUAGACCUCAAAAUGUUUGAGGCUACAGGCUGGAUCCUUGAAGAGGCCACUGAGGAAGAAACGUCUCUCCACAACCGGAUUAUGCCCACAGUUGUCCGUCCUCCAAAACAACUGUUGCCCAAAGAUGUCUCCAUAUCAGCUGAGCAAGACAUGGAACUUUAUGAACUUUCUUCUGCCUAUGAGAUUGGUAUUGUGCGCCAGUUUCCCUUUUCAUCAGCCCUGCAGAGGAUGAGUGUAGUUGCUCGUUUGUUGGGUGAGAAGCGAAUGGAUGCCUACAUGAAAGGAGCUCCAGAGGUGGUGGCUAGUCUUUGCAAAAAAGAUACAGUACCAGCUAAUUUUUCAGACAUUUUGGAGGGCUACACAAAAGAAGGUUUCAGGGUCAUAGCUUUGGCUCAUCGUCGCCUUGAAUCAAAAGUUUCCUGGCACAAGGUCCAAAAUAUCAACAGGAAUAAUAUAGAGAAAAAUAUGGAGUUUCUUGGUUUGAUCAUCAUGCAAAACAAACUUAAGGCUGAAACCCCGGAUGUGCUGAAAGACCUCCACCAAGCCCAUAUUCGCACAGUUAUGGUGACAGGUGACAACAUGCUGACAGCCAUCUCAGUAGCCAGGGACUGUGGGAUGAUUCCUCCUCAGGACACUGUCAUCAUUGCAGAUGCUCUUCCUCCCCAUGACGGACAAUCUGCCAGAAUCAACUGGAGAUACGCUGAUAAACCAAGCAAAGCAACUCGACUGGAGGAAAUUAACAUAAGUUUAGAGGAUGUGUGCCACAUAGAUGAGCCCAAAACACGAGACAUGUUCCACUUUGCUAUGAAUGGAAAAUCUUUUGCCGUCAUAGCAGAACACUUCCCCGACAUGCUUCAAAAGUUGGUCUUGCAUGGAACAGUAUUUGCCAGAAUGGCACCAGACCAGAAAACUCAACUCAUUGAGACACUGCAAGGUGUAGAUUACUACGUUGGUAUGUGUGGAGACGGAGCCAAUGACUGUGGGGCUUUGAAGAGGGCACAUGGAGGCAUCUCUUUGUCAGAGCUCGAAGCUUCAGUAGCCUCCCCCUUUACCUCCAGAACACCAAACAUUUCCUGUGUCCCCAGUCUCAUCAGGGAAGGACGUGCUGCUCUCAUCACCUCAUUUUGUGUGUUUAAGUUUAUGGCCCUCUACAGCAUUAUCCAGUAUAUUAGUGUUACUCUUCUCUACUCCAUUCUCAGUAACCUUGGGGACUUUCAAUUCCUCUUCAUUGACAUCGCCAUCAUCCUCAUCAUUGUUUUUACCAUGAGUUUGAACCCAGCCUGGAAAGACUUGGUGUCUCGACGUCCUCCUUCAGGUUUGAUCUCUGCACCUCUGCUCUUCUCUGUGCUGACCCAGAUUAUCAUUUGCCUGGGCUUCCAAACCAUCACAUUCCUCUGGGUCAAGGAGCAGUCCUGGUAUACUGUUUGGUCUCCUUCGUCAGAUGCUUGCAACAAGUCAAGUAAUUUAUCAGACCUCAAUCACACGGAAAUUGAUGAACACAAUAUAAAGAAUUAUGAGAACACCAGCAUUUUUUAUGUUUCAUCUUUCCAGUAUCUUAUUGUUGCAAUUGUUUUCUCAAAGGGCAAACCAUUCAGACAACCAAGCUAUAAGAACUGGCCUUUUGUCAUAUCCACAUUGAUCUUAUAUUUUUUCUUAUUGUUCAUCAUGUUUUACCCAGUUGAGGCAAUCAAUGACUUUCUUGAGAUUGUCUGCGUCCCUCUUGACUGGAGAGUGAAACUUUUGCUGGUCAUUGUAGUAAACGCGGUUGUUUCGGUUGUGAUGGAGAGCUUCAUCCUUGACAUCGUCUUAUGGAAGCUUGUGUUCAGCCGAGACAAACAGGGCAGCUUUGGCGUCACUCCUGCCGCCCCGACACCACAGGGGAUAUUGGACCUGCGCGCUUACAAGUGUUUUGUUCGACUCUGCUGCCCUCACAAGAUGAUACCCAAGGCAAGGUACAUGCAUCUAGCCCAGGAGCUGAGUGUGGACCCUGACUGGCCUCCUAAGCCCACCACCACUACUGAAGCCAAGCCCUGUCCAGAAAAUGGUUCCAGCUAUCAGAUUGGAAUAAACUUGUGACGGUUAAUCAUAUUUACUCCCCUCGCUAAGGCGUACUGUAAAAAGGCUAAUUGCCUUGUUGCUUUAAGAUAUUCUUGAUCCUGAGAUCGUACAAAACAUAAACCUUCAAACUAAAGCCAAACUGCAUUUCAUUAAAAUAGCUGCCUGUAAAACCCCAUAUUCUCUGUAGGAAAGUGUUAAAUAGUAUAAAAAGUAUUUUUUAAAAUAAAUUCUACAUUAAUAUUAGGAGCAGAAAUCUCUUGAACAUUUAUUUAAUUUUAUAUUUAAUGUUAACACCCCACUGUAAGACUGUCCACCCUGUCUGAAGACCGCAAUGGUCAGUAAAAGUGGGAGAAAUGGAUUUUUGAUGCAAUUGUAAGAACAUUGCAUAUCUAGUGGAACGGCUGAUGUGUAUGUACUAAAUAAACAGGUUAAAAGCAGCAGUGACUGACAUGUUGGAAUUUCUACUUCUACAAAGUCAACAGACCUUUUAGUUCUAUGUAAAUUUAUUGAACUUUAUUGAAAAAUCUUUAAAACCUGCAUUUCCAAGACUCAGUAACUCCUCAGUCUAAUGAACACUAUAUUGUUGCAUUACCGAGACUCACUAACUAUUCAAUCUAAUGAUCACUGUACUCUUGGUGAAAAGGCUGUUUUCACUGAUCAUUUUGCCUUUGUAAUAAUUGCUCAAAGGGCAUGACACAAAAUGGAUGUAAGCAUAUGUCUAAAUUCAAUACUCUUUUAGGCAGAUAAGCCGCUGUUAGAUAAUUAGCACAAAUGCUAGUAUGUAAAAACUACGAUAGUUGAUAGAUUAGUUUACAUUUUUACCAAAUAAUUUGAGAAAUUUAGCUAAAUCUUUUAUAGCUUUUUUUUAGAAAUGUAUUGUUUUUACAUACAUAAGCCAUGCACUGUGAUAGCAGCAGCAAAAUAGUAUAUAGAAUAAUAUGGGACAAUAUGUAUCAUGUUUUGUUGGUUAAAAAAAAUUAGAGUGUCAGAGCAUGCACCUGCUUGUGGACAUUAGUGUGCAUGAUAGUAUUUGCAUUAAAGUGUCCUGAAUCUCUAUCGUGUCAGCAGAGGCUAUACUGUCAAUGCCAUAAUUUCUGCAAGAAAUUUCUUCCCAUGGAAGAAUGGAUGUGUUAUUAAUUAAGCAUGUCAAAAUGUUUUUCAAUGGCUAGCUGGUCUAGGCACUAUAAAACAUUCGAAUAAGUCUAUCUGUACAUUUUAUUGGUUAAUUUUCCAAAAGUGCUUUUACGUUACCUACAACUUUAGGGUUACAUUGAUGGUGGCUGCUCUGUAUCAAACAUUGUCUUGUAAAAUAUUUUAGUAAUUGUCUGCUCCAGGGUUAUUAAUUACUGCAGCUUAGCCUUUUUCAUAAUGGCGACUUUCGGUCACUAUCAACUUAACCAUGAUUAAAUUUCCACUAAAGAGUUGGAGUCGCAUAAAUGGACCAUCUUUGUUAUUGUAAUAUUUAAGAGUGGCAUUGGACAAGGACAUUUGAGUGAAACGGAAGAAAAAAAAAAAUAUAUAUAUAUAAAUAUAAAUGUAUAAUUGCAGAAUUGAAAACAAAUGGUAUACAUUUAUAUUCUUUCCAAAGACUUGAUGUUAACAACAAAAACAAAUGAUUGUAUAAAAUUGUAUAGAAACAGAGGUUGAUAAUAGUUGGUUUAUAUCUGUAAAUAUGAGAUGAACAUAUCUAUUGUGUUAAGGACUAUACUAAAUUUAUUAUUUUGAAUGACAAAGGGCUUGUUGAAUUUUACUUUUGGUACUGUUGUGGUUUUUGGUUUCUUGGCUGAUGCUAUAUUGUGUAUUUUCAAUUUGAUUUAAAAUUUUAAUUUUUUUUUUUUUACACUGGGCAUUAAUGAUACAGCAACUUAUUCAGGUUUGAGAACAAAAUCUAGCAAACUGCAAACACAAGUAUGAUCUGUGUCGAUUAUAUCAACUUUUAUGGUGUGUUGAUGAUAAUGGUUAAUGAUUUAAAACAUGAAGGGAUUAUAGGCCUUUAGCACCUUUUAUUUGGCACAAAGCAAUUCAUAAACUAGUGUGUACAUAAAUAGUUCGGUCUAUGUUUAUCCAUUGUAUUCAUGCCAAACAAGAAUGUAAUUGUUAAGCGAUUGUUGCAUUCUUUUGUUUGUAAGUACACUAAAUAACAUUGCUGCUAAAAUUCUCCGCUCUUAGUCUGCUGUUAAGUUUCCCCCGCCUCCUUGGUAUUUUAAAAAGUCUAAUCAAAGCAAUGGUACAGUGUAGUGUAAAGAGCUGCUGGGCUUGCCUGUAGUGUUAUAGAACAAUGUUGCUCACACUUUUGAAUGACAUUUAGUCUGACUUUGAUAGAAUAUGGAGCUUUACGUGGUUGUUUCCUCAGGGGAAAGUGUUGUGGCUUUUACAAAAAUCAAAGGAGUAAACUAAACAGGUGAUCUAAUUCUUUUUCAAAAUUGUUAAGAACAAUUCUUAUAGUGCUUCUACUCUUCUCAACACCUCAUACCAAUAUUUUAUGUGUACAUUUAUGACAAAUUUUGUACUUUAUAAUUUAUUUUGUAUUUAUUUUUUCCUCAUUUUCUCCUUAAGAGUUGUAUUUUAGAUUGAUCUCAACCUCAUGAUUUUAAAUAAAUGUUCUUUUAAAACAAGGAUA